AUGAAAACGAAAAAAAGCGAGAAUACGUUUUACUGCUUGAGUCCCGAGGAGCUGCUUCAAACUGCUGAAGAAAUACUGCAAGAGGUAAGAACGUGACAUGAUGUCGGUUUCGCCUGGUUUUGUGUUAAUACUAACCAUUCUUUUUUCGUAAUAUUUACUUUUGGCGUCAGUACCAUGUCUCUUACAAUAAACAGCAUGGAAAUAAGCCGUUCAAUGCCAAGGACCGCAGAAAACAUUCAACCGCCGACGGGGAGUCCCGUGCGAAACUAAGCAAUCUUUCAGCACCACAGUCUCAAGGAAACACUGAAAGGUAAAAGGAAAGAGACGCCGUCUUUUCUUCUGUUUGUUCUUAUUAUUUUUAUAAAGCAAGGCUAUGUUCCUAAGGGACGGACCAUUAGAAAUAACCAAAGGGGGGUGAUAGGCCCCAGGGUCUCUCGACAAUAGGGACCAUAAGCAACGACGACGACGACGGCAGUGAGAACGUUGCUAAAAAAAUGAAUUUUCGUUCUUUCAAACUUAAUUGCGUCUAUUUGGACCCGCUCAAUUUGUCAAAUCCAGGCGACUUUUCCUGGAGUUGAAUUCUUAAAGAUUUUAUUCAAGUUCAAAAAGACUGGGAAGGAAAAUUCGUCGUCGUAUGUCCACGUCCUCAAUUAAACGUCCAGUUAGGAGGUUUCACGUCGCAGUCGUGCAGUGGGCGUUCAAGAAGUGUACUAAAAAGCGUGAUGCAUGUGCAGAGCUGUUGUUUUGAUUAUUAAACCUAUUGUUUUUUAAGUUGUCGUUGUCGUCGUCGUCGUCGACGUCGUAGCUGCUUAAGCUCCGUUAUGACUUUAGUUGAACAAGACUUCAGUUGGGGUCGAAAGCCUUCAUUAGUUUUCACUCUCAUCUGGAUUUUAAGUUUAAAAUUUUGCUACUCAAAAUACCAAUCGAAAGAGAAAAAACGGUAGAUAAGAAGGGCAAAGAGGUCUUUAUUGGCUUUUAUUUUAUAUGUAUUUUAGUGAUUGGUCAUGAAAAUAAUGCGAGACUCGUUAAGACCUCCAUUUAUACAAAUACCAGCUCUGAUGCAACCUCGUUCCCAGGAUUCUCUUCGCUACUCUUCCCCCAGAGUAGUAGGGGAGAACCCAUAAAAAUGAGAAUGCUUUUCAGUAUAGAGAGAGAUGUAGGCGAAAAUCAUUUCGAAUUAAACCUUAGGAACAUUUCGUUAAUAAAAACCUAGUCACAGCUCAGCGGUUAGAACGCCUUAACUGGGUUUUUGGAAGGUCAUGGGUCCAGAUACGAUCUUGGACUCUUCGUCCCACGUCACGUGACGUAAUCGAACGUGACUGCGCGUGACCAUACCUGCUCGUAAUGAUUCCAUUUUCGUUUCUUGUUUGCAGAACAAAUAUCGCUUCCUCUGUAGAUGGUGAUUUUUUGAUUAAAGAGACGUUUACAGAAAAAACCUUACCAGAUGCUCGCUCAAGUGAUUCGAUUGGUGGUUUAGUUAUUCCCGAAACUGUUACAACUAUUAAGAUACAAUCACAUUGUGAAAGGGACGACAGUAUGGGCUCAAAUGAACCGUCUUUAAUCGCGGCAGAAAAAGGUAGUUGCGAGCAAGAAAAAUACCGGGACUUAAAAGUCAUCAAAGCGCGUGGCAAACAACUUAGGACAUCAAUACUGGAUGACUUUAUCUGA